ACACUUAGCCGAGCCACAUCAGAGGUGACGGCGCAUGACGGGAUCGGGGAGGAGGAAUUGUUGAGAUAAUUGUUAAUUGAUUGUGUAUUCUAAAUGAAAUUGCAGUGCUCAUUGUAGGGAUUAUAUUGCAGUGCUUAUAAAGAGGCUAUCAAUUAUGGAUAAAGUGCAAUUCAAUACACAGAUGGUCAACAUGAGGAAGACGGUGAAAAGGGCAAAAGUGCAGCUUAUUCACCAUUUAACACGCCAAAUCAUAGUCAUCAGAAAAAAGAAAGGUUCUGGGAAGCAGCUUGUAAAGAAUGAACGGCGAGCAGGACGGUUGGUGAAAGAGAUUGAAGUAAUCAAAGAUCUUGCUUGCGAUGAGGUUACCAUGACUGCCAUCAUUAAUAAAAAGACUCUUCAGGCUGUGUUGGAUAAUGCCAAUUCCACAGCAGAGGAACGUGGUACAGCCCGUCUCAUCCACCAUAAGCUGAUUUCCCAGCAAGUUUCUACCUUCAGAGAUCUUGUCACAGAUGAUCUACUGGAAAUUGGGAAGAAAAAAGAAAAACUGAUCAGUAGAACCAAAGAAGGAGUAAGAAAAGGAAAGAGAAGAGGCUCCGAAUCAUCAAAUGAGGAGGAAGAGGACGAGUCUUCAGAAGAAGGGAGCGAAGAAAGCGACGAUGACAGUGGUGAAGAGAAGGACAAUUCUCUAUUCCAAGCGAUGGAUUCAGGAAGAUUGACAAGUAUGGAGUCAACAAGUCUGUCGGAACAGAAUCAGCGAUUGAGAGAACAGAUGGAAAGCAGGCAUAAAAAACCUAGAUUCUUUGUGGAAACUCAAAGCAAGAAGGACAGAAUACAGGGAGGGAGUGAUGGUCAGGAAGAGGAUAGUGAUGUUGAUGAUGAAGAGGACGACGAUGAGGGGAGUAUGGAAGACAUGGAUGAUGACAUUGACGAGAUGGGGGAAAACUUCAACUCUGAGUUUAGGGAACUCUCCGCAGAAUUUCAGAAAGGGAGGAACAGUGGGCAGGUGGAGAAGGAUAGGAAGAAACUGAAAGGCUUGGAUUCUUUGUUUGUGGGGAAAUUAUCUGGUAAGGGCCAUGAAUCUGCAGAGACCACCACCAAAGGAAGGAAGAAUCGACCUGGGCAGAAAGAAAGACACAAGAUCAACAUCAAGAAACAGCUUGAUGUUUUAAGGAGACCUUCCAAGAAAGAGCCGAGAGAGGGCAGCAGACAGGUUGCACUUGUGGAUCUACCUAGUCUUGAUAUGAGAGAGAAAGCACAACCGAAGAGGAAGGUGAUUCCAGGCAUCAAUGCUCCGUUUGAGAAGCCCAAAACUGAAGAUUCAUCAAACGAGAGGCCGCUGCCGUCCCAGCGCCAGAUGACCUACCCUUCGUCUAGGAGAGGAAGGGGAGGAGGAGCUGCAAGGGGAGGUGGAAGAGGAGGAGCUGGAGGAGGAAAACCACUCAUGAGGGCUCCUGCACAAGCUCCAGAGAUCCUGCAUCCAUCCUGGGAGGCCAAAAAGAAGAAGAAGGAGCAGGAGUCCAAGAUCUUGCCUUUUGCUGGGAAGAAGAUAAUAUUCGAUGACUGAAGGUGUCUCUCAAAUUGGCCGUGCGAUCUGUGAUGUCACACAUGUUAAACUUUCCCCUUUGGACAAUGAGAUAUUACCCUAAAAUAUCUCUCUUUACUCGCUCACGAUAUCAUGUUGUGAUAUCUCUAUUUAAUACAUGUCCUGUUAUAAAAAAAAGAAUAUAUGAUCUUGUGAUGGACUUUACAAAAGAGCAUCAUAAGGUUGCAUUGCCAAUGGAGGAUCUUCAUAGCAUUUGGAUCUCAAUAUUUAAAUGCUCAUAAUUUGUUAUUCAUUUAAUCUUCCUCAAACUUGCAUUGAUUUUCUCUGUGAUAUGAAAUUGAUUUUGAUUGGUUUGAAGUAACAGGGGUUCUUCCCUAAAAACAAAAGAAUGAAUGAAGCCAAUAAGGGGGGGGGGGGGGGCACUUCCAUUGACGAGUGGAUACCAUGCUGCGCGACCAUGGGGUCUUGAAAAGCACCCUAAACAAGUAUUUUCUAUAUUCUGAAAAUGCACCCCUUAACAAGUAUUGGCAUGUGAAACCCUACCCUUAACAAUUAUUGGAAGCAAAAUUAUACUAUACCCUUGGCAAGUAUUCUCUGAAGUGAACCCCUAAACAAGUACAGCGAUAUUAAGUUGUAUGUCACGGGUCAUCGGUUUUACCUUUACCUACACAGACAUUGGGUUUUGGUACGGCCACACCUCUCGCAAAUGAGACUCUAAACACGUAGUGUUGACUGUUGAGGCAAAAAGUACGUCCUUUAUAAAAACAAUUUUUUUUUAUACGCUCUCAAAUUUGACCCUAAAUAUGUAGCUCUCCGAGCGAAAUAGAUACCCUUUUUUCAUUAUUUUAGUGUUUUUGGCACCCUUCUUACGUUACGUACGUAACAUGCUCUAUCUUGAAAAAGACAUCCUUUUUCCUUUUUUUUUUUGGUCGCGCAUGGUAUCCACUCGUCAAUGCAAGAGGCCCCUGGGUUCUGGGGCCCAAUACAUUAAUUCUAAUCUGAACAGUCUUUUUAAUAUUGACAUUGUCUAUUUUUGUGAUGUUCAUGUAAAAUACAAAUGAUUUAACAUUUCUUCCAAGUCAA